AUGGUCAAGAAAACCUCCACCGUUCGUCCAAUCUGUAUUAUUUUAAAUAAGGAGACGCAGCAAAGAUUGGAGUACACGGCCGAGCAAAAGUUUAAGGCCUUUGGCUGGGGAACAACAAGUGACCGACUGGAAUCGGAAAUUCUUCAAUCCAUCACCGUUGACAUAUUGGAUCCAACCGUGUGCGAACGUAACUUAUUGUAUACACCAGUUUCGGAACAGAUAUGUGUUGGUAACCCUGAAGGAGACACCUGUCGUGGCGAUUCCGGAGGUCCAUUGAGCAUAACUGUUACGAUUAACGAAUUAUUCCGCGAAGUGCAGCACGGUAUUAUAAGCGUUGGCGCUAGAGAUUGCAAUAACACAUCAGUGCUCACCAGAGUGUCUAGUUAUGUGGACUGGAUCCAGGGAGCUAUAAACAUGAACGAAGAUGUUAAUGAGUUGCCCUUACGGUUUGAGUCGGACGUGGAUGAAGACAAGUGGUUGUACAAGGACUGCGGUGGAGAUACCAUUUCAUCGAACUUAAGGGCCAAAAUUACUGGACGUUUUUUCAUGGCCAAGGGCGUGCUGAUCACCAACCGUUUCGUCUUAGCAAAUGCCAGAGACUUACGGGAACCUGCUUCUUCAUUAAAAGUGGAUGUAAUGGGAAAAGAGACGUCCUUUGGAGAGUACGGAGUUAACUUAGUCCUUAAGCAUUCAAAUAAUGAAGAUGAUAUAGCUUUGCUCAGACUUAAUACACUGGUGACGUACACAGACCAUAUGAAACCGAUCUGUAUGCUUGCAAACUCACAACUCCAACAGACUGGAUCACUUUUAUCGCCCUUUACUGUGUUUGACUACGUGGGAACUAAAGGUGCUGUUAGCGUUAACACUAUCGAUUCAAGCGAAUGUUCAUGGAAUGUCCAAAGAUCAGUCGGAAAGGAUGACGUUUGUAUAGAUGAACUUUUUCUAGCUAGACCCUAG